GCGAGCAGAAACAAACAUGGCGGGAUUUUUUGAUAAAUUUUGAUUAAAAAACGAAUUGUUUUAGUAAUCAGCUACUUGUAUUUUGGCUUGUUUUUAACCUCGAACGGACAGUAUUUCUCCAACGGUGGUUGUUUUUAUCGCUUUAUUUCUACAGCAGCAAAUUAUCCGCACGGAAUAAAUAAAUAUGGCAACAGAGCCCGCGGAUGAUGACAGUAGAGGAAGUAUGGAAAAUCCUGAAAAAUGGUACGGAGAUGCUCAAGAAUUUUGGAAGAAUGUCUCGCCCACAGUAGAUGGGAUGCUUGGUGGUCAUGCGUAUGUUUCACCAACAGACAUUUAUGGUUCCAAUGAAUUUAUCAAUGAUUUUUUAGAGAAGAAUGGUGGGUUUUUGAACAACAGUUAUGCUCUAGAUUGUGGAGCAGGUAUUGGCAGGGUCACUAAACAUUUUUUGUUGCCAUUGUUCCAAAAAGUUGACAUGGUAGAACAGGAUAAAACAUUUGUUGAUCAAGCACCAGCAUUUCUGGGUGAGAAGAACUAUCAAAAAAUUGGAGAAAUCUUUUGCAGUGGCCUGCAGGAUUUUACACCUGCAGCCAAACGCUACAGUUUGAUUUGGAUUCAAUGGGUCCUACUAUAUUUGACUGAUGAUGAUUUAGUGGAGUUUCUACAAAAAUGUCAAACAGCCUUGCUUCCCAAUGGCCUAAUAUGUCUAAAAGAGAAUGUUGCAUCUAAGAGGUCUGUGACGGACAGGGAAGAUAGCAGCAUCACAAGGACGGACAAAAGAUUAAAGAAACUUUUUGUAAAAGCGGGCCUUAAUGUGAUAAAACAAGACGUCCAAAAAGGAUUUCCUAAAGGACUCUUUAAAGUGAAAAUGUAUGCAUUGCGUCCGUAAGAAGCCGGGAAUCUCCAGAGGUUGCGUUCUGUUUGACGGGAAUUAUGUUUCACUGGACGAACAAUGAUACCAUUGCAAGUAUUGCUGACAGUGUUUGGGUAGCUCUUUACCCCAGGCUGUACCUGGAGAUAAAUGGUACUAAUUUUGCAGGAAGCAACAGAUGCAGUGACAUAUGAUUCUUAACCAAAUCUAUUUGGGAAUACUUGAAAUUUUAUCAAUUUUUCAAACUAUUUGAAGAAUACAUAGGCGAGCAUAAUAUUGGUUAAUUAUCACGUUUAUUCAUCAA